AGUUGAUGUCAUACUCACCAGUCUCUUACUACAACUCAUAAUUUAAACAAUAAUAAUUCCAGUAUCCAUAAAAAGUUACCAAUUUUUUAUGUGGAGUGGAAAUUAUCGGUUAGACUUUAAUAAAAAUAAAAUGGGAGUAAUGAAAUUAAAAAUUGUCAUUUCAUUGACACUUUUUGUGUCUGUAGUCGUGACAGAAAGAAGUCGUUUACCAAAUUUAGGACUCGUAGCCAGUUUUUUGCCUUCAAAUAAUGAAAAUGUAGCGAUACGGGUGACUAAAAUACCUUCCACACCUGCAUUCGGUUUUCCAUCCCGCACCGCGGAAAAUGUUGGAUUAUCUUCCAAAGGUAACAGUAUUGGUUUUGAACACUCUUCAUAUGCAAGUAGCAGCAGCAAUGGUAAGAGUACUGGCGGAUAUGAUUAUUCUUCCCGUAGUGACAAUAACAAUCCUGGUGGUACGUAUUCUUUUCCAUCUGAAGCUGGAGAAAAAGUUCCCGUGGAUUCAUUGCAAUUUUUUAAUCACAAUUUACACGAACAAAAUAACCAUAUUCCACCAUUUGCUAUUAUACCCGUUAAUGUAUCAUAUAACUCACAUUUACUAGAAAAUUUUCAAAACAAAGCCCCAACCCCUCCAAGUGAUAAUUCCGUUCAAAUGGUGAAUGAUUUAGCUCAGAGAUACAUUUCAACUCAUGAUACAUUUGAUGGUUCAAUAUCUCACCAAGUACCUGAGGUAACUGUUGGACAAUUACAACCACUUGCUCCUGUUUCAUCGGUACCACGUUUUGAACAGAUCAUAGAACGAGAGUGGAAUGAUUUUACGAUACGAUUUAACAAAGUAUAUUCUUCGGAACAAGAAGCCAGAUACCGACGAGAAAUCUUCAUCGAAAAUAGGGCAAAAAUAAUGAGAUUUAAUGCUGAAUAUGCCGAAGGAAAAAGAAGUUUUGUCCACAAAAUCAAUGAAUUUGCAGAUAUGCUUUUGCACGAAUUUUCAGAAAACCUAAAUGGAUUUAAUAGAAGUACAAGAGCACCUUCGGUACCUUUGAAACCUGCUACAACUUUUUUGCCAAGCGCUAAUGUUGUAUUCCCAGACAGCGUAGAUUGGAGAAUAGUCGGGGCUGUGGGUCCGGUAAAGAGUCAGGGAAAUUGCGCUGCAUGUUGGGCAUUUGCUGCGGCUGGUGCAUUGGAAGGUCAUCAUUUUAGAAAAACUGGAUCACUAGUUGAAGUGAGCCCACAAAAUUUGAUCGAUUGUACACAACCCUAUGGAAAUAAUGGUUGCUCUGGAGGACUUAUGGAUCCCGCUUUCGAAUAUGUUCGUGAUAAUAAUGGAGUCGAUUCAGAACCAUCGUAUCCGUUCGAACAAAAAAAUGGAGAGUGUAGGUUUAAGAGAGAAAACGUAGUGGCUACGUGCACAGGGUUCGUGGACAUUGGAGAAAAUGACGAAAAGGGCAUUGAAAUAGCAUUAGCUACUUUAGGCCCAGUAACAGCAGCAAUAGAUGCUAGUCAGGAAACAUUCCAAUUCUAUUCAGAAGGGAUAUAUGAUGAUCCGAAAUGUGGUAACAAACCAGAACAAAUGAAUCACGCCGUACUUAUCGUAGGUUACGGUCAAGAAGCAGAUGGCAGGAAAUACUGGCUGGUUAAAAAUUCUUAUGGACAAAAUUGGGGCAUCGGCGGGUAUAUAAAAAUUGCCAAGGAGAAUAACAAUCAAUGUGGUAUUGCAAUACAAGCGAGUUAUCCGUUAGUGUGAAGUUCUCGUUGAAAAAAGAUAUUUGUUCCAAGUUUCUUCAUUUCCCAUAAAAUAUCAAAUUUAAAAUUUUCAUAAACUUUUACGUUAUAUAAUUAAUAUUUUCAACAAAUAUACUAAAAUUAUUUA